UUGGCUCGAUGCAAUUCCAAUCUGUUCCACGGGAAAGACAGUUUCAUCACUUUACGCGAUCUUUUCCGUUGGGCUGAACGGUACCGAUUGGCCACAUGUGACCAUGAUGUCGGUGAAUCGGUGCUUUUCGACUGGGAUGGUUACUUGGCCGAUCAGGGCUAUUUGCUACUGGCCGGACGUGUGAGAAACCCGACCGAAGCCCGAGUGGUUGCAGAAGCUAUUGAGGCCGUUUUUCGACGACCGAUUUCUGAAUCACGGCUGUUCGAUUUCACCUCGGAAUCGUCCCCCGCCAGUUUGGAAUUUCUCACACCGGUGCUUGGUUCACAGCCGGACGGUGAACCGCGUCGCCUACCCACAGGGUUUGAACACAUUGUUUGGACCCGAGAUAUGCGGCGUCUACUGGUGCUUGUCGGUAAUGCACUCAAAUACCAAGAACCUGUCCUGUUGGUCGGUGAAACUGGCUGUGGCAAAACUACCGUGUGUCAAUUGUUUGCCUCGUUAAAAGCCCAACGUCUGCACUGUGUGAAUUGUCAUCAGUACACGGAAGCAGCCGACUUUUUAGGUGCCCUCCGACCUGUUCGUCAUUCUUCAGACAACCCCAACAAGGCAUGUGAAGAUAAUCGUUUGUUCGAGUGGGUGGACGGCCCAUUGGUGACCGCAAUGUCGAAUGGGGAAAUGUUUUUGCUCGAUGAAAUCUCGUUAGCCGAUGAUGCUGUCCUCGAGCGACUGAACAGUCUUCUUGAACCGGAGCGACGUAUUCAUUUGACCGAGCGUUCCGAGCUGGCUGAUAAUGCGAAUACACUCACCGGGAAUGACCUGGUCGCGCAUCCCCAAUUCCGUUUCGUAGCCACCAUGAAUCCUGGUGGGGAUUACGGGAAAAAAGAACUAUCACCGGCUUUACGCAACCGAUUCACCGAGAUCUGGUGCCUAGCCCCCACCCUGAUCGAACCUGUUCAGGACGGGGCGGCCAAAUCGAACGCCCUGAUUGAUCUGACUGCGAUUGUCAGACACAAUUUGGAAAUUUGUGUUCCAUCCGGUACCGCGCAUAGUUCUGCUUCCAUGUUCGAUCAGUUGGCCUCCACAAUGGUAGAGUUUGUUCAUUGGUACGCUCAGAAACAAGCUCAAUCACAGUCGAGUGCCUUGGCACUGAUGAAUCGAAGGUGCGUUAAUACACGAAGUUUGGUUGUCCAAUCUAUUUUAUUCCAUUGUAUUGAAUUGUAA